AUGUCUAACUUCGUGGAGGAGAGCGUGAACCAGGUCAAUGAAAUGAACACGGGUGUAGAAGUUGACCGAGUUCUAAAUGGAGUACGAAACAGAGAAAGAAACUUCUCGAGAAACCCAAGAGUGUACAAACAUAACCAAACGGGAAGAGGAGAAAUGAGUAACCUGUACCAGUACGGAAACGGAUACCAAAAUCAGCAAUAUAGCAACAAUUGGGGCGAAAACGUACAGUUUGACCAAACGAGGCCGACGAGUUACUCAAACAACUACGCAACGAACUAUCCGACAAGCACCAACAGCUACCCGACAAACACAAACAGCUAUCCGACAAACACGAACAGUAACUACCCAGCGUCGACAACCAGUUACCCAAACAGCACAAGUAACUACUCGAGCAGCAGAGGAAACAACUAUGUGCACGGAUACACGGGAACGAUGCCGCUCGUGGGAGACGCAAGAAUGGCGCCGAUGCCGAUGAACAACUCGCAAGUGCUGGUGGACCAGGUGACGGACACGGCGACGCUGGAGGAAAUGGCACACCUGUUCACAUACAGGUACUACUCACUGCUCAACACAAACCCGUCCUACAUGUACAGCCUGUACUCGAAAGACGCACAGAUGUCGAAGCCAGACGUAACAGGCAAGAGAGUAGUGGCCGCAGACCACAAUGAAAUCAGGAACUACUACCAGCAAUUCACAAGCUACGUCCUCACGUCCAACAUCCACAGCGUGGAGGUGCAGAUCGUGAGCUCGCACCCAAUGUUCCUAGUGCAAAUAGCAGGCUCAUACACACUAGUCAACGAAAAGGAGGGCCUGGAGCAGACGAAACCAUUUGUACAAACAGUGCUGUUAUCUGGAGACCUGACGAGGAGCCGCUACCAAGUGAUCAACGACCUGGUGACAGAGCUCCAGGCCCCAGAAGCCGUGAACACGACAGCAUACAACCACGCCACGCCAACGACAAACGUGGCAAAGGAGCUUCAGAGCUCACCACAGCAGGACCUGAUGAGUGAUUCAGCAAGAAAUGUCAUGAGAAAGGACAAGGACGUAUUUAAAUUGGCAAUAUUCGGAAUACCACCAAUGGUAACAGAGGUGAUACUGACAGACCUGAUAAACCAGAGACUAGCACAACUAGAAUCACAGGGAAAAGUAGUGGACGUGGCAGUCAAGCCGCAAAAGGUCAACAGAAAAAGCAACGAGUCCCUGUUAUACGCAUUCGUAGAGUUGGAUUCAAAGGAGGCAGCAGAUACACUACUAGCAAAUGAUCUCAUAAUUCAAGAUCGCAACAUAACAAUAGAACCUUACAAGAGAACUGAUAAAAAAAGAGAUCAUAAAUCAAAGAAUCUGUCCCCAACAUACUAA